UUAAAAAUGUGUAAGGAGAAUGCAGGUCUUCAAAAUUUUUUAUAGGGUCCAUGAGCAGGAAGUCUUGAAGACCACUAUGCAGAAGUAUGUAUGGGCUUUAGGAUCUGGAAGGAUUCUAACUGAUUAAUCCAUCUUGAUCAAUGUACAGAUGAGAGCACAGAGGGCUUUUCUGCAAGGAAUCUGAUUAUCUAAUCCAUCUUGAUCAAUUUACAGAGGAAAUUAAUGUACUGAGGACAAGGAGGGUUCAUUGAUUUUCUCAAAGUCACACAGUUGGGCCUAGACCCUGAGUGUCCUUGCUUGCUCAUUCCUUUCACUGCUUCCACUGUGCUCAGAAGUCCCACCACCAGUUUUGAGGAAUGAGGAAGAAAGACACAAAGCGAUCUUGAAACAGUCACUGAGUAACAGGGACUUCUCCUUGCGUAGGUUGCUCUCCACCCUGCCGCUUCAGUCUCAGCAGUCAGGUUGGGAGGCCAGGGUUUGCAUGGGGCAGCCCUGAGGCCCAGGGUAGUUGGUUUAGAUGGACUCGUGACUGGGAAUUUCCGUUCUAGGGUCUUCUCUACCCCUUGUCACCUGAGAGAAACCUGAUCUUUAGGGAUUUAAGGAUCCAGCCUGGGCCACUGCCAUCUUAUAAAAGAUGCCUUCCUUAGGACACUUGACUUUCAUCUGUUAAUCAUCAUAAUAAAUGAAUAGCGCCCCUUGAGAGAGAGGUGCUGCCUUGUGCAGUGCACAAGCUCUGGUUUACACAGCAGCCCUGGGCCAAACUAGCCCAUUAUAGCCCCUUGGUCCAGACAGGAACUGAGCUAAGGAACUGUGACCCUAGACAGCAGAGCCAAGCUGCUGGGGUAACAGUGCACUGAAGUGGAUACUGCUGCUAUGCCUUGCGAGGCCUGAGGUGGACAGGGUGCUGUGCAUAGCACCUUGCUGUUGGCAGGCUCUUGUGCUCAGUACCUCAGGAGAAGGGCAGGAUCACACUGACGAUAAGACAGACAUAGAUUUCUUUUUAAUGACUUUCAAGGUUUGGUUAGUUUUAUCUUCAUGACCUCUGAUUUCCCUUUGGAGCAAAUGUAUGGUAAAGUUGGGGUGGGGGUGGGGGGCUCUGGCUGACCAAACAAAGACAGGCAGACCCAAGUAGGGUGUGGACAAGGACAGCCCUGAAGAGCAGGCCUGGCCCUGAGACACGAAGGAGAACAUGGUUGAAGCCGAGGACACAAGGCUGACAGGAAAGGACACAGGCUGCUGUCAGGACACACACUACCACACACUCAAGGCCAGGACCCUGCUGACGUGGCAGCCCUCCACCCUGGCCCCUUACUGCCCCCCGCCCCUCUCCCCCGCCUGCCAGCUGCCAACAGGGCUCUGCCCUGUGUCUUCCACACCUGUCACUGCCUGUCCUUAUCCAGGGGGGGCCCCAUCAGCCCCUCCUCAGCUGCCCAGCAGAGCAAGCAGUUAGUGGGGAGGGGAGGGAACAUGGAGCGGGGGCCGGCGGUGGGGGCAGGGCCCGGAGCCGGGGCCCGAAUCCGGGCACUGCUGGGCUGCUUGGUCAAGGUGCUGCUCUGGGUGGCCUCUGCCUUGCUGUACUUUGGAAGUGAACAGGCCGCCCGCCUCCUGGGCAGCCCCUGCUUACGGCGCCUCUACCAUGCCUGGUUGGCAGCAGUGGUCAUCUUUGGGCCCCUUCUGCAGUUCCAUGUCAACCCUCGGACUAUCUUCGCCAGCCACGGCAACUUCUUCAACAUAAAGUUUGUGAAUUCAGCGUGGGGCUGGACAUGCACCUUCCUAGGGGGCUUUGUGUUGCUGGUGGUGUUCCUGGCUACACGGCGUGUGGCAGUAACCGCCAGGCACCUGAGCCGACUGGUGGUGGGGGCAGCCGUGUGGCGGGGGGCUGGCCGGGCCUUUCUGCUCAUCGAAGACCUGACUGGCUCCUGCUUUGAGCCUCUGCCCCAGGGCCUGCUGCUCCAUGAGCUGCCAGACCGCCGCAGCUGCCUGGCAGCCGGCCACCAGUGGCGGGGCUACACGGUCUCCUCCCACACCUUCCUGCUCACCUUCUGCUGCCUGCUGAUGGCUGAGGAAGCGGCAGUGUUUGCCAAGUACCUGGCCCACGGACUGCCUGCCGGCACCCCCCUGCGCCUCAUCUUCCUGCUCAACGUGCUGCUGCUGGGCCUCUGGAACUUCUUGUUGCUCUGUACAGUCAUCUAUUUCCACCAGUACACUCACAAGGUUGUGGGUGCCGCAGUAGGCACCUUCGCCUGGUACCUCACCUAUGGCAGCUGGUAUCAUCAGCCCUGGUCUCCAGGGAGCCCGGGCCACGGGCUCUUCCCCCACCCCCACUCCAGCCACAAGCAUAACUGAAAGAAAUAAAAGCCACUGGGCCUGGC